AGAUACGUCUUAAUAGGUGAUGAUACUUAGACGUCUUUGAGUACAAAUUUUGAUAUUAAUUAUUAAGGACAAAAUGAGUAAGGUUUUAUUUCAAGUGUUAUCUGCUUUAAUAUUGUAUUUUAGCUGCCUCAAUGUUGGCGUAGUUUUCACAUGGCCUUCAUCCACUUUCCUUCUCUUCAAAUCUGAUGAGACUCCGCUACAUCGACCUAUGGUGGAGUCAGAACUGUCAUUGUUAGGCAGUUUCUCAUCUAUAGGAGCAUUAGUCAGCAACCCACUGACUGGUUUAUUUUUGGAUCGUUUAGGAAGAAAACGCAGUGCUAUAAUCACUGCUGGUAUUGGAACGAUAUCAUGGGGUUUGAUAGCAUUCAGCAACAGUGUCGAAGUGAUCCUAGGAGCCGUAUUUUUAGCUGGGAUCAGUGGUUCAGUAUUACUGGUGGUCCCUGUGUACAUAGUCGAGUUCAGCGAUGAAUCAAUAAGGGGAGCUUUGACAUCGGGUUCUAUAGUUUUCUAUGGUGUAGGAAUGCUUGUUUCAUACAUGAUUGGUGGUCUUCUUAGCUACAAAGUUAUGGUGUAUAUCUGUCUUACCCUAUCCAUGAUUGGAGUCAUGAUAUUGAUGCUUUUAAAAGAAUCACCAACACUGCUGAUGAAGAAAGGCAUGGAAGAAGAAGCGAAGAAAUCUUUAGCGUUUUAUACAAACUCAACUCCUGAUUCUAAAGUAGUGUUGCAGGAGAUAAUGAAGAUUAAAAGGGCCUUAGCUCCCGAAGAACUAGAAGUACAAAGUCCUGAAGAAGAGAAGUUAACAUCACAUGUUUCUAAGAACCUUCCUACGAAAAAACUGAACUUCUUCCAAUUUUUCAAAAAAUCCAAAUCUACCCAGCGUGGUUUGCUUCUCGCUUUGACUUUGAUGACGACAGCCAUUUUUCAAGGCCUGAUGGUGGUCAUUGUGUACGCAAAUCCUCUCUUCGUUGAAGCAGUUCCAGAAGAGAUCCUAUCAGCUACAUGGUGCAGUGUUAUCCUUGCGGCAGUGUCCGUGGUCUUUGGAAUUAUCGCAGCUUACUUGACUGAUUUGAUUGGCAGACGGACGCUGAUAAUUGUCUCCUCCGUAGCUGCUGGCUUUAGCUGUAUAGCCUUGGGUACACAAAUUCAUUUACAUUGGGGUCCACAGUGGUUGACUGCGGUCUUUAUUUAUUUGUUUUGCGCAACGUACACUUGUGGAGCUGGAACUGUACCUUUUGUUUUACUCGCUGAGUUAUUCUUGCCAGAGGUCAAGAGUAUCAUGUCAAUGAUUGUUAUGGAGUGGACAUGGAUCUGUAAUUUCAUCAUACUAUUCAUAUUCAACCCCUUGGUCGCUGCCAUCGGUUUGGGUCCCGUCUUUUACAUAUUUGCCGCAGUUUGCUUCGGAUCAGCGAUAUAUUGCGUGCUUUUUAUGCCCGAGACAAAAGGACUAACAGUAGAUGCUAUACAGUUAUUGUUUGUUAAGCGGAAGAGAGAUAAUGUGAUUUGAUUAAAUUAUUGUUUUUAGGAC